UACCACUACAUCUUUCUCCUUCGAAUCCAGAAUUAGCAUUUACACGUUCACUAUAGUACGCUGUUAGAAUUAACCAAAUGGCUUCAAGUAGCACCUUCAGUCUUUGUGGGUACCUUCUUUUGGUUCUCGUUGCAACAGCUUCUUCCUCACUAACUCCCUCUUACUAUGAUGGAGUUUGUCCCAAUGCUUUACCAACUAUCAAAAGAGUUGUUGAGGCUGCAGUGUACAGAGAACGACGCAUGGGUGCUUCUUUAUUGCGUCUGCACUUCCAUGACUGUUUUGUUAAUGGCUGUGAUGCUUCAAUUCUUUUGGAUCCUUCUCCCACCAUUGACAGUGAAAAGAAUGCCCUCCCUAACGCAAAUUCUGCUAGGGGAUUUGAAGUUAUCGAUCAAAUUAAGUCAGAGGUGGACAAAGCCUGUGGAGGUGCAGUGGUCUCUUGUGCAGACAUCUUAGCAGUUGUAGCUCGCGAUUCUGUAGUUGCGCUUGGUGGCCCAACAUGGGCGGUGCAACUGGGGAGGAGAGACUCAACCACAGCUAGUAGGACCGCAGCGGAAACUGACCUCCCAUCACCUUUUGCAGACCUUCCUGAGCUCAUUAAUGGCUUCAAGAAACAAGGUCUCGACGAGAAAGACCUUGUUGUGCUAUCUGGUGCCCAUACUUUAGGUUUCUCAAAGUGCGGUGCCUUCAAGAAUAGGAUCUACAAUGAAACUAAUGUUGACCCAAAUUUUGCACAAAAGCGAAGAUCAACUUGUCCACCCAAUGGAGGUGAUGGAAACCUUGCACCUCUAGACCCAACACCUGCACGCUUUGACCUUGCUUACUUCACCAACUUGAAAAAUAAGAAAGGGCUUCUUCACUCUGAUCAACAACUCUUCAAUGGUGGCUCUACUGAUAAUCUUGUGAAUACUUAUAGCUCAAAUGCGCCAGCUUUCUGGAAUGAUUUUGCCAACUCUAUGGUUAAGAUGGGCAAUAUAAAACCACUGACUGGAAAUCAAGGCCAAGUUCGUUUGAACUGCAAGAUGGUGAACUGAUGAGAAAUUUUCUCUGGACACCACUUAAUUUUUUGCUGAAGGACGAGAAUAAUAUUCCUUUAUUUAUUUAUUUAUUGCACAAUUCUUUGAUUUAGUAUUUGUUAAGUUUAAAUAUGGUUUUGUCCAUCUGUUCUUCUGAACAACAUACUUGGGAGAGAAAGUAAAACCUUGGAAGUUGAAUUUGUCGAAUUGUAUUUAUCAAAUAUUCAUUGCAAUUGUGUACUUGUAACUAUCAAAUACAAAAUUAAUUCGAUAUUAUUU